CACACACACAACACACGCAUUAACCCACACAGUCGUUUUCUCGUUGCUUCUAACGAUUUCUUGAUCUUUCCAGAAAUUUCUUCACCUAUCUCUCCCAAUUUUCUUAACGAAUCUCUCUCAUUUUCUCUCUCUUUCCGAGCUGUUUCUGAUUGCAGCUCGCUGAAUAUUCCUUUGUUCGUAAUUUUCCCGCCGUGCUAGCAGGUUUGUUAUUUUCCGAGAAAUCAAACAGAGAGAUAGCAACCUAUGUUUCGAAUUUCUCUGUUUAAAUUCGACCGUUCGCUGGUUUUGGAGAAAAUUGAUAGCUUUCAACAUCAAAGAAAGGUCUCCUCUCAUUUCACAUGCAAAUGUGUUGAGUUUGUAUAUAGUGGUAUGAGUUUCGGUGGCUUUUGAGAUGUACAGUUUUGAGACAAAAAUUUUGUGCAUUCUGCAAUUAGAGGAAAUCUUGGUAUUGUGAAUGAGGAAUUUUUGUUCUGAUUAGUGUUUUUAGGGAAAAAAAUAUAAAAAUAAAAUGGUUACAAUGGCUCUAGAAUUGGGUUCUGUAAUACCAAUAUUGGAGUUGCUCAACACUUCUGAUCAUGCUUCCGUCGUGUCGAUGACUGUAUCUGUGGCACUCCUUUGCGCUUGUAUUGUGAUUGGUCAUCUGCUGGAGGAGACCCGGUGGAUGAACGAGUCCACCACUGCCCUUGCUAUUGGUCUAUGUACGGGAGUUGUUAUUUUGCUAACAAGUGGGGGGAAAAGUUCACAUGUUCUAGUCUUCAGUGAAGAUCUUUUCUUUAUAUAUCUUCUGCCUCCUAUCAUAUUUAAUGCGGGGUUUCAGGUGAAAAAGAAGCAAUUUUUUCGAAACUUCAUGACUAUUAUGUUGGUUGGUGCCAUUGGUACACUAAUCUCCUGGUUCAUUAUAUCUUUAGGUGCCAAAAAAAUCUUUUCAAGAAUGGAUAUUGGCUCUUUGGAUAUUGGUGAUUAUCUAGCAAUUGGUGCAAUAUUUUCUGCAACAGAUUCUGUUUGCACAUUGCAGGUGCUUAAUCAGGAUGAGACACCCUUUCUCUACAGUCUAGUAUUUGGGGAAGGUGUUGUAAACGAUGCGACAUCGGUGGUGCUUUUUAAUGCAAUCCAGAGCUUUGACCUCACACAUAUUGAUCCCACAAUCGCCCUUCAUUUCAUUGGCAAUUUCUUUUAUUUAUUUUUUACAAGCACUAUGCUGGGAGUGCUAGUUGGGCUUACUAGUGCUUACGUCAUCAAAAAGCUUUAUUUUGGCAGGCACUCUACAGAUCGUGAGGUUGCUCUUAUGGUGCUGAUGGCUUACCUUUCAUAUAUACUGGCAGAACUAUUCUAUCUGAGUGGCAUUCUCACUGUAUUUUUCUGUGGGAUUGUAAUGUCCCAUUACACCUGGCACAAUGUGACUGAGAGUUCAAGGAUCACAACCAAGCAUACUUUCGCAACUUUAUCAUUUGUUGCUGAGACUUUUAUCUUCCUUUAUGUCGGCAUGGAUGCUUUGGACAUUGAGAAAUGGAGAUUCGUAAGUGAUAGUCCUGGAACAUCAGUCGCAGUGAGUGCAAUACUGCUAGGCCUGAUCUUGGUUGGAAGAGCAGCUUUUGUGUUUCCCUUAUCCUUCCUAUCCAACUUAGCGAAAGAUUCUCCGAAUGAAAUAAUCAACUUUAAACAGCAAGUCGUGAUAUGGUGGGCCGGUCUCAUGCGAGGUGCUGUGUCCAUGGCACUUGCUUAUAAUCAGUUCACCAGGUCCGGACAUACUCAAUUGCGAGCGAAUGCAAUUAUGAUUACCAGUACCAUUACGGUGGUUCUUUUCAGCACAGUGGUGUUUGGUUUAAUGACUAAACCUUUAAUAAGAUUCUUACUUCCAUCAUCAAAACAAUCAAGCAGCGCUGUAUCGUCAGAUCCUAAUAAUCCAAAGUCGGUCAUAGUACCACUUCUUGGGGAUCGACAGGAUUCUGAUGAUCUGUGUGGCAAUGAUCUGGUUGUCCCUGAUAUCCGUCGCCCGUCCAGCUUACGCAUGCUUUUGAGCACCCCGACUCACACCGUCCAUCGCUACUGGCGUAUGUUCGACGAUAGCUUCAUGCGUCCCGUGUUUGGCGGGCGGGGUUUCGUUCCCUAUGUUCCUGGUUCACCAACCGAAGGGAGUGCUGCCUAACACGAAGAAGAUGAGAAGUGAAGAGAAGAUGUACAAAAGAUGAAAGCAUCUCCAUGUUAGUCAAGGAGUUCACUUCCCCGAACCUGUUCGAUCUCAUGGGCUUUUGAAAUGCCAAGUCUGUCAUUUGUAUCUGCUGUAUAUAUUAUAUAUAGCUGAUAUCCACUGGACGUGUUUAAAAGGAUUCCAAAAUCACACACUCAGUGAUGGUUUUUGUGUAUAUUCUCUCCCUGCAACGAAAAAUGUCAAAUGUAACCGACAUUUUUAUUCUAACAAUUUGAUUAAAAAAACUUGAGUAGUUUUGAAUUAAUUGGACAGGUAUAGUUUAGGCUUUGUUAAUCCAGGUGAAUUACAAUUUGAUCAAAAAUGAUUGGCCUUGUUGAAGAAAUCAUUAAGGGAAGUGCCAUGUUCUGUCCA